GGCUAAGCUCCCAGCAUGCCCCGCGCAGCGGGGGCGGUCCUGCUGUCGCUUUCCGUGGUGCUUUGCGGCGCGGGAAGCGGGCCCGGAGCGCGCGCCGGUGGGAGGCUCUGCCCCCCGUGCCCCGCCAUGGCGGCGGCCCCGAUCCGGCUGGAGCUGCGGGCCCUGCAGGGGGCGCCCCGGGAACCGCUGCACCUGCUGCCCUGCGCCCUGCGCCACGACGGGCCCGCGCCCGUGGGCCGCUACUUCACCCCCGCCGUCCGGCAGGGCGCCCGGCUGAAGUCAGUGUCCUUCCGGGGCCGGAGACUACUAGGGCAGGACCUGCCGGUGCCCACCGGCUACGUGGGGCUGGUGCUGAAGGAGGAUGAGAAGCCCUGCUCCGAGGAUGAGGAGCGGCGGGUGCGUGUCAAGUCGACCUUCACGGCACUGACGGCCUGGACCCGGGAGCAGGCGCCCAGCGCCGACGACGCCCUGCAGGGGGCACUGGGCUGGCCCCACAUUGCCCAGGCUAUCCAUGCGCCGGUAGCAGAUGAGGAGGGGCCCUGAGAGGCCCCGGAGAAGAGGCACCAUUUAGGGCUGGGUUGGUUUUUUUUUUGGGGGGGGGGGCAGGGGUCUUGGAGACCCCAGGUCUUUGCUGGUAAUACACAGAGCUCUGAGGCA